AGGUCCUUUCCAGGGCACUCUGGCAAAGUUCAUUGCCAGGAGACGCACACCUAGUAUCAAGGAACAGUACGCACAGAUUGGCGGGGGCUCGCCAAUUCGAAUGUGGUCUGAUCUACAAGGCGAGCAAUUAUGCAAAUUAUUAGACGAAACGUCUCCGGACACAGCUCCACAUAAACAUUAUUUAGGCUUUCGGUAUGCCAAUCCUUUGACAGAAGAUACGCUGGACCAGAUGGCAAAGGAUGGCGUGAAAAGAGUAGUGGCCUUCUCUCAAUAUCCUCAGUACUCGUGCUCCACUACAGGUUCAAGUCUGAAUGACAUCCGUCUGCUCUUAGAGAAAAAGGGCAUGACUGAUACCUUCGAUUGGAGUGUCAUCGAUCGCUGGUCAACUCAUCCUGGUCUCAUCGAUGCUUUCGCAGCUUCUAUUCAAGAAAAAUUAGAAUCUGCCUAUACCAAAGAGGAGAGAGAUGACGUUGUUUUGCUUUUCACGGCACACUCUUUGCCUUUGGAUGUUGUGAAUCGUGGCGAUCCUUAUCCAACGGAAGUGGCUGCUUCGGUGGAUCGUGUCAUGGAAAAGUUAGGUCACAGAAACCCUUAUCGUCUAGUCUGGCAGUCAAAAGUUGGUCCUAAGGCAUGGCUCAGACCACAAACGAGCGAAGCUCUAGAGGGGUAUGCCAAGCAGGGGAAGACAAAGAUGAUGAUGAUUCCAAUUGCGUUCACAUCUGACCACAUCGAGACGCUUUUCGAGCUCGACAUAGAAUAUGGUGAAGAAGCUAAGGAGCUUGGUGUGUCAAAAUUAAGUAGGUGCGAUUCAAUGAACGACCGCCCCGAUUUUGUCAACGCACUAGCAACGCUUGUUAAGGAUCAUUUGCACAGCGGCGAGAAAUCGAAAAAGCAACUCAGUUUACGAUGUCCAGCCUGCGUUAACGAUAAAUGUGGACCGACAAAAGAAUUCUUCGCUUAAAAAGCAACUGAACUAACAAAGUAUAAUUAUCGUACUUGUCACUUGGUGUAAUACUAAGACGACAUAUUAAGUAUGAUGCAAUAAGUUUGAAAUUUGAGAAUAUUUGUCACAUUCUAUUCUAGUGAGAGACGAUACGACUCAGCUAGCCAAACGGUUGUCGUUAUUUGUCUUUGAUGCUUAUUCUUGUUCUUCUUUGAAGCUUUCCUUUGUUCCUGCCACUGCAGUGGCUUACAUUAAAUCCGUCAUCAGAUUUUUAAUUUGGGGUACAACGGCCCACGAUAGUACUCUUAUACUAAGUUGGUGCAUUAAGUGAAAUUUGUGAAUGUUUGCCCCAUUCCAUUCUUUAGUGAGAGAUUAUAUGUAUGACCUAGCUAGUCUAACUGUCGUAGUUAUUCGCAUCUGAUGUAAUUUUUUAUGCUUAUCCUUGUUCAUCUUUGAAGAUUGCCUUUGUUCCUGCCAUACAGCAGUGGCUUACAUAUAGUCGGCAUCCGAUGUUCAAUUCGGCGGCGCAACGACCACGAUUGUACUCGAAUUAAACGCGAAUGCAUGAGAGUAGAAUAAUGAUCUUUAUUCAAAUCUGGCAUCAAGUCAAGAUGGUGCUCAUGAAUGCACACAAGCAUUCGUAACAUUCUUAACGCAUGUUUGUAAGUGGGCAGGGGCUCACAGCUAAAUACCAAUUUAAAUGCCCCCCAUAUUUUUUUCGCCUUUUGAAUUCUGAAGUUGACAGAUAGGGGGCUAUGCAUGCGAGGUUUCGACACUUGAAUAAUAUUUUAUACCAGAUGCGGUCAUAAUAAUUUAGGCGCAGCGUGCACAUCAAUAGUGAUGGCAGCGUUCUGCUAUGCUGAAUCUCUGCGUGCUUGCCACUUCAAUGCGUGUUGGAGAUUCAAAAAUGAACAGGUUGUAGAACAAAAGGACACAGUUUUACACUCCUUUUCGCGAAUGCAUUAUGGAUAUUUCCCUGUUUCCAUUAGAACGAAUUAUGACACACACAAGUUCCUGGUAAUGCAUCUAAGAAUUUCUAAGAAUUCAAUUGGUUCCGAAUCCGACACCCCAGAUCACCCUCUAGUGAACAGGUCCUGACAAUUAGCCGGUAUUGGCUUGUCGUGUCCCCAAAAAUAACGAAAGACUUCAUUUCCAGCUGAUUACUUGUGUUCAGCUUGCAACUAAUCCUCCCAGUCGUCGAAAACCAUGCUGCACAUUCGAAAUUGAUUCAGAAUAAACUUGAGACUAUGAAAAUACGC